GGCGCCGCGGCCGCCGCCGGGCGCUCCGUGUACGGGGGCGCCGAGCUCGUGUUCCCCGAGGCCGUGGGGCACCCGGCGCUGCCCGUGGCGCCCCCGCAGCUCCCGCCGCCGCCCGCCUUCUUCGGGCCGCAGCACCGCGACCCGCUCAACUUCUACCCCUGGGUGCUGCGCAACAGGUUCUUCGGGCACCGCUUCCAAGGGAGCGAGGUGGCCCAGGAGAGCCUGCUGCUGCACGGCCCCUUCGCCCGCAAGCCCAAGCGCAUCCGCACGGCCUUCUCGCCCUCGCAGCUGCUGCGCCUCGAGCGCGCCUUCGAGAAGAACCACUACGUGGUGGGCGCYGAGCGCAAGCAGCUCGCCAGCAGCCUCAGCCUCUCCGAGACCCAGGUGAAGGUGUGGUUCCAGAACAGGCGGACGAAGUACAAGCGGCAGAAGCUGGAGGAGGAGGGCCCCGAGGCGGACCAGAAGAAGAAGGGCUCGCACCACAUCAACCGAUGGCGCCUGGCCACCAAGCAGGCGCCCGGCGACGACAUCGACGUCACCUCCAACGACUAG